AUGUCUUGCCCAGCGCGCAUUUAUCCCCUCCGCAAACCCAAGAACCAUCGACUCCCGAUUCCGAGAUGGAGGCUGGCCUUGCCGAGAGACACCACACACGUGUAUACGGCUUACAUCGGGGUACAGAAGCACUCGAGUGACCAAGCGACAACCGAUGCUCAAAAAGAAGCCACAUCUGCGAUCCAAGCCUGGCUCAAAGGUCAUCAUGGACCCUCGGCAUUCGAAUCGUUCACCGUGAUAGAUGGGAGCGACGUGGAGGAAACAUCGAUAUGGGUGAGCUACUGGCUUGAAGAAUCAAAGUACAAGCUCAGCAUCGAGAAACUCUCGCUCCCUUCGAUCUACUCCAGUCUGCCAACGCCAGGCCGCGCUUCGAUCGGCAUCUGGCGUGAGGCUUUUACAACCGAGGUUCCCAGGCUGGAGACCAACUACUCUGGUCUUGACUAUCUCCCUGGCCUAGCCAAACUCCCUGGUACUAGCUUUCCUGAACAUGAAUUCUCGGCAUAUUGGGGAGCUGCAAGAGAUCGCAUCCCUUCUUCUGCCUACGACCUGUUUCCUCAAUCGGCCGACACAGUACCGCCGACAACAGUGCCUCGUGGAAUUGGACAGUAUCUGACGGGCACAAACACCGAAAAUAUUGCGCAUAUUCGGUCAGGCCAGUUUUGGGAGAACUGCGGCCAAGAAGAAGCAGAUGCCUACGACAGAAAGCUUGAGCCAACACUGCGAUCGGGGCUUGAGUACUUGUGGGAGAAUUCUCCAGACACUGGCGCUCUCGGACUGCGAUAUCUUAGAAAUCAUGAUCUAGAUUCACCGGAUGGUCGCCCACGCAAGGAAACCUGCGGCGCCGGGUUCUUUACAAGCCUGGAAACACUCGAGACGUGGGCCAAGUCUCAUCGUUCACAUCUCGCCAUUUACCGUGGUGCGAUGGCGCAUUACAAGGCCUUUGGGGAUAGGAGGAAGAUGAGGACUUGGCAUGAGGUGUCUGUGCUGAGGGGAGGAGAUGCCAAGUUCGAGUACCUGAAUUGUGUGCCCAAGACGGGAGUUAUUCGAGGGAUUCCACUCACGGUCGAGGAUAUUGAAAUGUGA